AUGGACUCUGUGGAAGAAGACCUUGAAGGCUUAAUCAUCAAAGAUGAUAAUGACGGAGGCACCUCUAACCUGGUUAACCUGAGUCUUGUGGGUCGCUUCCUUACUGACAGACCCAUCCGUACUCAUAUAAUGAAGAACCGUAUGGCUAGCAUAUGGCGUCCUGGUAAAGGAGUCUCCAUUUCUGAACUUAAACCAGGUGUCUUCCUAUUUCAACUUUACCAUCCUUUAGACCUUAAACAUAUCCUUGAUAAUGGUCCCUGGAACUUUGAAAACAACAUCCUCAUUGUAAGCAAAAUCUUUGAGGGAGACAUUCCAAAAGAUACCCCUUUAAACCAUAUAGAUGUUUGGGUCCAAGUCCAUAAUUUGCCUGCAGGUUUUAUGUCCCAAAACAUAGGUGAGCAUCUGGGAAAUAGCUUAGGAAAAUUUCUUGAAUAUGACUCUAAGCACAACACUUCUUUAUGGAAAUCCUAUAUGCGUAUUCGCAUCAAAAUAGACAUUCGUUCCCCUCUGCAAAAAGAAAAAAAAAUUAAGAAACAAGGUGGAGAAUGGAAGACCGUUAUUUUCAAGUACGAAAAAAUUGGCCAGCUUUGUUACUUGUGCAGAGGGGAACGAUGGCUUCGUGAAGACAACAUUACCACAAACGACAACUAUAAAUAUCAAGACAGCAAUCACAAAACUACAGACCCUGCCAAUGACUCGCACCCACGCGAUAAUGAGGUUAUUAUAGGAGUAGACAAGAAACGUAGAAGACACGAACCUAGCAUCAACCCAGAGCAUAAAAAAGAUUUCAUCCAAGCUGACAUGGUUGACUCCAAUGAAGUAAACAAUCUGACUUUUUUAACGGCAGUCCCUGGCACCUAG